CGGCAGAGAAGAGUGUUCUUGUUUCCUUCGGGCUGACCAACUCUCCAUUUGUUCUCUGCUGUCCAAUGCAGCUGUCACCGUGAUGAAGUGCUGCGUUCCUUCUUGCACCAACCGCUCCGACAAAGCCACAGACAAGGCACUGUCAUUCCACAGGUUUCCGAGGAGCACAGCUCUCAAGAAGCAGUGGGCGGAGGCCAUCGGUCGUACAGACUGGUUGCCAGUGUCAACAACUGUGAUCUGCUCCGACCACUUCCGACGCGAUGACUACACUGAUUCCGGAAACCUAGUGGCUGGCGCCGUUCCGUGCAUCUUUACGGCCGACAUUGCCACUGAGAAGGCAUCCGGUGAUGCGGCGCCACUAGGAGUGGAGUCUGUCCUCUACAGCAACAAAGGCAAGGCAGUGGUGUCUUUGCUUCAGAGGAAGACACCCACCAAAGGCCAGGGCUCCGCCGAAACAGGCACCACAUCCAACAACAGCAGAGGCACCACAACAAAGCGAGCUCUGGCCAAGGGACCUUCACCUUCACAGGUUGAGAAGAAGAAGAAGAAGAAGCUCACAGUCAUGGACAUCAUGGAAGUGGACAGUUCCAGCUACUGGCUGAAGACAUUGAGCAACAGGUCGGUGAACUUUGUCCACAUUGUGCACCGACCCAUGCCGUGCAUCAGCCGGUCGGUGACAGUCUCCCCCGACAUGUUGGUGAUGGUGGCCAUUGAGAACGCACGCCUGAGCCUGCUGCCGUGCGGUACGCCGGUCCCCAGCACCAUCGACAGCAUUGAGACGUUGCAGGACCUCCUGGACAGGGUAGAGAUGCUGGACGACGCCGAGCGAAUCGACAACUGGCAGCUGCGCCGGCAGAGCACGUUGAGACUCGUCGCCUUGUUGCUACAGGAAGUGUGCCACAAUGUGGGCAAUGCGGACAGUCAGUACGGUGUGCUCACCUCUGUCAGAGACCAAGUCAGAGAUCUGUUGUGAGAGGGUCUGGCAACUGUGGGGUACCCCCUGGGUAAAUUUGUAAAUUACUCUUGUUUCACCUUCACUUACCAUCUCAUAUACACGUCUGGGAAACUUAUAAUGUUCGCUGCAGUCUAACGUCAUGCUCCAGAGUUAUUGUCUGGACUGUGACAAUGUUUAGUUGCUCGAUGCCACCACAACUGCUCAAGAGGAAAGCAGUGAUCUUGUAAAUUGUCAUCAGAAUGUGCUCGUCAAAGUUCACUUGUGCGAUCACCUAAUUUUUAAACAUCGUGCUUUCUUAGCUGUGUGUGUUUGGUCUUCAAUCACUCGUUUUUCUGACUGCCGUAAAAUUCCAAGCAAGCGCACCCCCCCCCCCCCCUCCCCCGGGAGGUGGUGAAGGGGAGGGGCACUUGCUCGGAAGUGCUGCAAAAUUCAAGAUGGCGGCCGGUCGCUUUUUUUUUUUUCUAAAAAAAAUGGUAAAGGCUUCUCACAGUGAUGUACAGAGUGAACAAAAGCUUUAUUGGAAAAUAUUCGAUGAUUGCUUUAUUCACUCUCAAAUCCAUCAAAGGACCCGUCGGAGUCGGUGUCAAACAACAGGCUGUAGCAUUCAGCCUGCAGUUCCUCGGGAUGUUCUGGACGAAUGUCGCCAACGUCGGACAACCGGCCAUGUGGAAGGCCGUCCUCCAAUCCGUCCAGCGCGUUCGAUAUUCCACAGCCCUUCAAACUCUGAAUAAUGGUCUCCUCCGGUACAGCGUCCCAUGCUGCGGCCACAAGAUUCAGUACGUCCUGACGCGACGGUUUCCGCAGAUUUCCUUUUGGAGUACUUUCUGCUAUGCGCAUCAAUUCCUCCCAGCUCCUGCGAAGGCUGGCUUUGAAAGACCAGUUCCAGUACACGUCGACUGGCCGAAGUUUUGUUGCAGCAAGGCUACAUAUUUGUUGUCCCACUCGCAAAUCCUCCUGCGAUCGAUGUUGAAGUGCCGCGAGGUCGCGUGCGCAUUUCUUCCACCUUGGCGAUGCCACUGAACCGCCUCAAUUUUCUUGGCAACAGUGUAAGAACGCAUCGACGGCAUCGUGCAGCAAAGUUGACCACGAGGAACAACGAACAAAUACCGACUGGCUACGUUAACACGCGCCAAGCCUAACGGCUAUGGCUAGAUCCAGCAAUGGCUAGAAAUGGAGAACGGGCGCCAGUUGUGAUAGGGGGCGCUUGCUCGGAAGUGGGCGGCAAAUUCAAAUUCCCAAAACUAGGAGGGGCGGGCGCUUGCUCGGAAUUUUACGGUAUGUCAGAGAAGUGUUGUAAGGUUCCUUUUCAGAUAUGGAAUUGUGUACAAUAUAUGACACCUGUUUCAGGCUAUAUUUCCUCAAUCACAUCAAACGGCCUUACUUGGUGUUGU